AUGCUAAAAAUUAUUAUCCCAACAGUCAUACUAUUACCAACAGUCACAUUAUGUAAACCAAAACAAUUAUGAACAACCGCAUUAACACACAGCCUUGGAAUCGCCCUAUUAAGCCUACAGUGAUUCAAACCAUCCAUAGGACUAACAACCUUCUCCAACCACUACUUAGGAAUAGACCUAAUCUCCUCCCCACUACUAAUUUUAUCAUGCUGACUCACCCCCCUCAUAAUCUUAGCUAGUCAAAACCACUUAACUAUAGAACCAAUCUCACGAAAACGAACAUUUAUCCUCACCAUCAUCCUACUACAAAUUUCACUAAUCCUAGCCUUCUCUGCCACAGAACUAAUCAUAUUCUUUAUUGCAUUCGAGGCUACACUAAUUCCAACACUAGUAAUCAUUACACGAUGGGGCAAUCAAAUAGAACGACUAAAUGCAGGAACCUAUUUCCUAUUCUACACCCUAGCAGGAUCUUUACCACUAUUAGUAGCUCUCCUAUCUAUACAAACCCAAAACGGCACUCUAUCUACUUGCAUAAUACAACUAAACCAGCCAACUAUAAUAUACUCAUGAACUAACUCAAUAUGAUGAUUCGCAUUAUUGACCGCCUUCAUAAUUAAAAUGCCCCUAUAUGGCCUACAUUUAUGACUACCGAAAGCACAUGUAGAGGCCCCAAUUGCAGGAUCAAUAAUUCUAGCAGCAGUACUACUAAAACUAGGUGGAUACGGCAUUAUCCGCAUCACAAUAACACUAGAUCCACUAUCAAAAAUACUCUCAUACCCAUUCAUGGUGAUAGCACUCUGAGGGGUAAUUAUAACCAGCUCAAUCUGUUUACGCCAAACAGACCUAAAAUCACUAAUUGCUUACUCAUCUGUAAGCCACAUAGGCCUAGUUAUUGCCUCAACCCUAGCACAAACUCAAUGAUCAUACACCGGUGCUAUCACCCUAAUAAUUGCCCAUGGCCUAACAUCAUCCAUACUCUUCUGCUUGGCCAAUACCAACUACGAACGAACUCAUAGCCGAACACUGCUCCUAACCCGAAACAUACAAUCACUAUUGCCACUAAUAGGGUUAUGAUGACUCCUAGCUAGUCUUACCAACAUAGCCCUUCCACCAACCAUUAAUUUAAUAGGGGAACUAACCAUUAUCGUCUCAUUAUUCAACUGGUCAAAUAUCACAAUCCUAGUUACAGGACUAGGUACACUAAUCACAGCUACCUACACACUAUACAUGCUAAUCACUACUCAAUGAGGAGAAACCCCAUCACACAUAAAAACAAUCUCCCCCACUCACACACGAGAACAUCUACUUAUAAUACUACACAUUUUACCAAUAACACUAUUAAUGAUAAAACCAGAACUAAUCUGAGGCACCUUCAACU